CAGGCCGGCCGGCCGUCGCUCUCGCAUUUUCCGGCGACCCCACUUUUCUAUAAAUACACUCUCCACAUUUUCCCCACCCACUUCCCUCUCUCUCUCCAGUUUUCUCCACAACAAUUUCAUCUGAUAUCGUAUCAUACGAAAUCGUAAAAAUUCAGGGAAAAAAACCAGUAAACAGAGGUUGCAGGAAGGUUUGAAUUUCUCGAAGAAAUGAGUUUCUCGAAUGGCGAUGGAGUCGGAGGUAUUGGAGAGCUGAUUAAGCCGGAUCUGAGUACGGACAACGGUUAUGGUAUUCCGGCGACGGUUGCGAGUAAAGGAAAGCAGCAACAGCUGAAGAAGAAGAAGAGAAAAGCUGAAAAUCAAGCUCAAAACCCUAAGAUUCCGGUGGAUGCAGAGGAAGAAUGCAAGAGCACGAGCGGAAGCACAAUUACAAAGAACAGCACGAAGAAUUCGAAUUCGAAGGAGGAAGAGGCGCCGAAGCACGAUUACAUCCACGUUCGUGCUCGGCGAGGACAGGCAACGGACAGCCAUAGCUUGGCCGAAAGAGUGAGGAGAGAGAGAAUAAGUGAGAGAAUGAGGUACCUGCAGGAUUUGGUUCCAGGCUGCAACAGGAUCACAGGGAAAGCUGGAAUGCUGGAUGAAAUCAUCAACUAUGUCCAGUCUCUGCAAAGACAAGUUGAGUUCUUGUCUAUGAAACUGGCUUCGAUCAAUCCAGCACCACCCGAAUUCGACGUUGAAAGCUACCUGGCUGGAGAGGUGUAUCCGCCUUGUUCAUCGAGUCUUCGGGCAGUCGGGCAGGGGCCGGGGCCGGGGACACAACAGCCGAUGGCGAAUCCUGCAAUUAUUCAAUUCAGCUCGUUAGGACACGGAUUUGCCGAUCAAGCCAUGGAAAUGGAUGUAGCUGUUGGGAGAAGCAUUAACGGUCCUGUAUCGAUCCUCAACACAGUUCUCGACUCACCGUGUCUGAAUCAAAUGCAGCACUUAACAUGGGAAAAUGAACUGCAAAAUCUCUAUGGUAUCGCGUACCUGCAAGAAAGAUCAGCGCCGUAUGCUUCGUCGCAGGCAUUCGCAGGAAUGAAGGGAGCUGGACAAGUGAAGCUGGAAAUGUGAUGAUGUACUAAUCCUGAAAUUGAAGCCUCUUUUUUCUUAAGCAGACAAAUCUUAAUACAUACAUACAUGCAUAUGGAUAAAUAUUUAAUGUAUACUUGUGCCAAGAUAUUAACAAUGAUGAUUAUGAUUAAUGAAUGAAGGUAUACACUAGUGCAAAAAUAUUUUUAAAAAAUAAAAAUAA